GUCGCCUUGGAGGUUAUCGGCGCUGGGUUUGGCCGCACGGGUACUGCCAGCUUGUAUGCGGCACUCAACAUACUGGGCUACAAGACACACCACAUGAUUGAGGUACCGCCGGCAGAUUGUCUUUUGAGGUCAGACCGCAAACCCGCUGCAGCUGGCGGGCUGGGGGAGUGUCAGGCCGCCGGCCGCCCACUUGACUGGCAGCCAGUGCUGGGGACCUACAACGCCGCAGUGGAUUGGCCCGCUGUGUCUUUCCUUGAGGAGCUGCUGGCGAUAUGUCCGAAGGCAAAGGUCAUCCUGACGCUGCGUGACUUCGACAAGUGGUACGAUAGCGCGAAAAGUACGAUUUUCGCGAUCCGGGAUGUAAUGCGGACCAUUCAGCCGCCGCCGUACUUGGCGCCGCUGUUCCGGAACCUAGCUGAGAUGGGGACAAUGACGGAUGAGCUCAUCUGGUGGGGGACCUUUGGCGGCAGGUUUAACGACAAGCAAUAUGUGUACGAGGCGCACCUAGCGGAGGUCCGGCGCAUCGUUCCUCCCAGUCAGCUGCUGGAGUUCCGUGUGCAAGAUGGCUGGGCGCCGCUGUGUGCCUUCCUAGGCAAGCCGAUUCCGGAGGCGCCCUUCCCGCACAUGAACGAGAGGGAUGACUUC